CUGAUCACAAGCUCUAAAUGUGCCUUUUUUAGGGUGUCAUUGUUUGAAGUCUUGGAAAGCAAGAAAAUAUGGAAAUGGAGUUGGGUUUUUGGUGGUGGGUUUUCACAGCUUUUCUUGGGGGUUUCAUUGCGGCAUGUGUGAUCCUAAAGAGAGCAAAUGACUGGUUUUAUACAAGCAGGUUGGGUCCAAAUCAGUACACUACUUUGCCUCCAGGUGACAUGGGAUGGCCACUAGUUGGGAACAUGUGGUUUUUCCUCUUUGCUUUCAAAUUUGGCCACCCUGAUUCAUUCAUCUCCUACUUCAUCAACAGAUUUGGUAGAACAGGAAUUUACAGGGCUUAUAUGUUUGGAAGCCCAACCAUUAUUGUCACAGCACCUGAAACAUGUAGAAGGGUAUUAAUGGAUGAUGUGCAGUUCAAGCAAGGUUGGCCUAAAUCUACUUUUGAGUUACUGGGGAGGAAAUCAUUCCUUGGAAUUUCUGAGGAAGAACACAAGCGUCUCCGCCGCCUAACUGCCGCUCCAAUCAACGGCCAGAAGGCACUGUCCAUGUAUCAUGAGUAUAUCAAGGAUGUCAUAGCAACUUCAUUGGAUGAAUUGGCUAAAGAAGAAAGACCAAUUGAGUUCUUGACUGAGAUAAGGAAGAUCACUUUUAAGAUAAUUAUGUACAUCUUCGUGAGCCGUGAAAGUGGUCCGAUGGUGGAUGUCAUGGAGAAAGAAUAUGCUAUUCUAAAUCAUGGACUAAGAGCCAUGGCCAUCAAUCUUCCUGGCUUUGCUUACCAUAAAGCACUAAAGGCUCGAAGAAAGUUGGUCGAUAUUCUUCAAGCUGUUAUAGAUAGAAGGAAAGCUAGGGAGAAGAGUAUAUCAGAGGAAAAAACAGAUAUGUUGGAUUUACUAUUAGAAGUUGAGGAUGAGAAUGGUAGAAAUUUGGAUGAUGAGGAGAUUAUUGAUGUAAUUCUGAUGUACUUAAAUGCUGGCCAUGAAUCUUCAGCCCAUGCCACUAUGUGGGCAGCCUUCUUCUUAUACAAACAUCCUGAAUAUUUGCAGAAAGCCAAGGCAGAGCAGGACGAGAUUUUACGAAGAAGGCCAUCUACAGACAAAGGAUUGAGCUUUAAAGAAAUCAAGCAAAUGGAAUAUCUUUCCAAGGUAAUUGAUGAAACGCUUCGUGUGGUUAAUGUCUCAUUAUUUACUUACCGAGAGGCGAAAACAGAUGUUGGCAUCUGUGGAUACACAAUACCACAGGGCUGGAAGGUUUUGGUUUGGUAUAGGGGAAUUCAUUUGGAUCCAGAAAUUUAUGAGAAUCCAAAGGAGUUUAAUCCUUCAAGAUGGGAGGGACAUAUACCCCUAAGAGGUACUUUCAUUCCCUUUGGAAUAGGAAGCAGGCUAUGCCCUGGAAGUGAUUUGACAAAGCUUGAAAUUUCUGUUUUUCUCCAUUAUUUUCUUCUUUAUUAUGAGCUUGAACUACUCAAUCCUGGAUGUGCAGUGGGAUACUUACCUCAUUCAAGGCCCAAAGACAACUGCCUUGCAAGAAUCAACAAGCUUCCCUCACUCUCUACAUGAAUAAGCAGAUGGGUUUUGCAAUGGGCCAUGGUAUUCUCAGUUUCUUGUUGCUUUCCAUUUGAAUAGUAUUUUGAAAUGCUUUUGUAGACAUAAUAAGUUAAUACAAUAAGUGGAAUCCAAAUAAAAAACUUUCUUC